AGGCACUCAUUCCAAAUGAAGAUGAACAAGUGAAGCAAGAAGAAGGCUUUUUCGGAUCCCUUGGGAAGCUUUUUGUCAAUGGUGGUGUAUGCGUUUCGGAAAUUCUUGGAGGAGUAUUUCCUGGUUUUCGAAAAAAGCCAGUAAGCUAACAAUAUCAUCAGAUCCAGCACCAGCAACAACAGAUGCAUUCAAUGCCUUGGCCUGCACAGGAGAGCUUUUUGAUACCAGAUGACGAUGAGCCCCCAUCGAUCGAUACUCGAACCCCUACACCAAGGAAAACGUACCCUUUCAUGUCUAUAGAUACGGAAAAGAUCCAUCAGUUGCGACAAAGCCGAGUGUUCUACAGUGGAUGGAAUUCUAAUAUGCAGCAGCAGCAGCAGCAGCGGAAUCAAUCAUCCAUUCCGCAUACUUACCAUGAGCAGAGCCAUGAGAAAAACAACGAGAUCGUUUUCGGGGCAGUUCAAGAACAAAAUAGGAAGCAGGAAUCUGUAGUCAUGAAGCCGGUUUAUCAUGGAGAUAACAUGUACGAUCAUUUCUACGACAUUCACUUCCGAUCAAAUCUGGGUUAAUUCAUGGCUAUUAAACACAGAACUGAGCUUUGUUCAUAGAGAAAUGAGUCUGUGUGGUCUGUGGAGCAGCUUUGGUGCUACUUGGGGUUCACUCCUGUCCUGCUAGCC